AUGACUGACGUUGAAGAUAAAUCAACCAUGGAGAGAAAAAAGAUUGAUAAAUUACAAAGAUUAACUGGAAGAAGAGAAUCUAUUACAAAGAUUCAAUCCCUUUUAAAUCCAAAAUCAUUGGAAGAAGCACAAAUCAAUACCCAAAAGUUGGAAACCAAUGAAAAGUUGACUCAUAUAUUCGGUGAAAGACCUGAAUGUAGAUAA